GUGGGGGAAGAAAGACUCGAGCGGACUCGGUUGUUGUUUUAUCUUGAAGGAUUGAAAGUGCUCUGCAGGUGGAGGGAUGAGUCUCUCCCCUGUGACUGGCACUGAAGUGCCAGAAACGGUUAAUGGAGUGCUGUCACCUGUUGCUUUGGAGAAUGGCCCUCAUGUACCAGUCUCAGUGAAAUGUGGGGGGAGCACAUUACCUGGUCCUGCAGAAACAUCGAUGGACAGUUGUGUUGGACAUGCAGAGAACCAUGUUGGUAUGGAAAACAGAGCUUGUGAUGGAAAAAGCCACCUUGAUAUAGAGACAAACAUUAAUGAGAGAACAGCAAGUUUAUCAUUACACAGUCCUCAUGUGGCAGACCCUGCCUUUGCUGCCAAGACAAGCACACCAGACUCAGAAUCAGGAUCUAGACACACAGACAUUCCUGAGGCCUCCAAAACUGUGGAUGCAGCUGAUGCUGUUCUCAUGUGGGAUUCAGAAAAGCAUGGAGAGUCAAAAGACUCAUAUCAACAGGGAGGUCCUGUCACAGCAAACAGACAGCGAACACAGGCAGAGAGUGUAAAGGGUGGCACUGGUAGUCAAGAGGAGGAAGAAGAAGAUGGAGACAGGGAGAAACAGGAUGAGGAGGAUGAUGAGAAGAAUGAAAAAAAGUGGCGGAACCAGCACACAGGAAGAAGAACAGAGAUGGAGUCUUCACAACAAUAUUCAUCCUCAGCCCCCGGCCCUAGUACCUCCUCUUCUCCACCUUCUCUACUUCCCUCAGAUGACACCCCUUGCCCUCCUCACAUUAUGGCCCAGGUCUGGGUUCGCAACGUUAGAGGAAUGCAGGACAGCAAGAGCCUGGAUGAAAUCAGCCAAGCAUGUGGUGGCUGUUCAGGAGCCCGAGGAGGGGGCAGAAGUGGCCAGUCAGAGGGUCGACGGGCCACAAUCUCUUCAGCUCUUGAAUUAGAAGGAACUGUCAGCCAUGAAGGAGACCUUACCAACUUCAUCACCAAGAACUUAGAGCAGAAGAUCAAAAUGAGCUCCAAGCCCAGUUUGGACUGCAGUGAUUCCGACUGUUCAGGCCCCAUCUACCGAAGCCGGGGGUUGUCACGGAAACCAGCGGAUAUCCCACCCAUUGAUCCUGCAGUCUUAUUGGACCUCCAGAGACAUACCCAGGAGGUGGCACAAAGUGUGGAGAUGAUGAUGCGAAGCCUCAAUGGAACCAUCCAGAAUAUGACAGCGCUAAGUGUGGGCUACAUCCAGACCUACAGAGACUCCGUCGACAGCCUGGGAGAGUCUGUAGACAUGAGUAUUAAGGGUAUGUACACACUGAUGGCUCGCUGUGAAGAGUUAGAUCGUUCCAUGCAGCCCAUACACACCCUGGCAGCGCAGAUUCGUGACAUCAAACGCACUUUGGAUGCUCUAGAGACAAUCUGCAAGUAACACUACCUGCUUAGUCCAAAUAUCCAUCACAACUGCAAGAUUUAACAUCAAGCUGAUCCUGAACAAGGAUCUUGGCAAGCAAUGCAACCCCUUUGCAGGUAGCACACACACACACAGCGAAGAUUAAGUGUACGUCUGGAGUCCUGGAACCAUUGCUGCUUGACAUGCUGCAUGAGUUUCACUCAUAAUUCUUCUGUUCAUCAUUUGAAGAUGACCUUGUUUGUGUUGUGAGGUCUCAAAAUCAUUUGUUUACUUGGUUCUUGAGGAUGAGCUUUUCUUUCUUUUUUUUUUUUAUCUCUGAUGAAGUUGUCAAGAAACAAAUUUAUUACUUUUGGAGACACUUCUGCCCUGGAUAUAUAUACAUACACACACCCACCCACCCACACACAUACACAAACUCAAACUCAAACAGCUCCUUGAAGAUGGUGGGAUUGAUACUUUCUUUUUCCACUUUUUAGUUUGAGGAGGGUGUUAUCCGUCCAGCCUGCGUGGUUCAGAUUGCACUAACCUCUCCCACCCAGAUGGGGGCGAUAUUUCUGUCCCUGGGGAGGCAAGAAUAAACUGCUCACAAGACUUUUGCACAGGAACAGAAAGUCUUCUUUUUAAUCUUAUGCAACAAACAGAUUCCUUCACUGCAAAUUAGGUGGAUGGGAGUGUCUGUCUCUUUUAUGUGUUUAUUUAUUCACUUUGCUCAGCAUGCUUGCUUGUUCAAAAACAGUGUUUCUGUCAUUGGGAGACAUUUGAGAUGUUAAUGGAUGCCGCAUAAUGUCAGUAAAGAUUUUAUCCACUCAGAUUCUCUCACAUCAGUUCAAAAGAAGCUGUAACCCUUAAAAAUCACAGAUUUGCUUCUCUAACACUGAGCCACUAUCAGUUUGUCAAGUUCAGUUGACUUUUCUCCCUCCUCCUUUGUGGCAGAUUAAUAAACACAUGGAGGAAGAAAAAUGUCUUUAAUAUGAACAAGUCUGCAACACUGCUGCUUCCACGGGUCUGUGUAAAGUGCAUGUCACAGGCUAAAAAGUGUGUGGCUCUAAAACUGUACAAAGGUUUCAUCAUUACUUAGAGAUUAAAAUUAUUUUGAGCCCAGACAUGACAGAAAAUCUGAUCACUGUUUGGCUAUUUUUGGUGAGCUCAUCCUUGUAUCUGAAAAUAGCUUAAAAGCUGGCUAUUGAUGGUUUCUCACAGGUUUGAGUAAGUAAAUAGAAUUUAUGGGCUGAGUCAACUUUAGAUUUAUCAAGUAAAUCUAAAGUACUUGAAUUAUAAUUAAAUUGCCUUUUAAACAGUAAUUUAGCUCUUUUUGUGUUUUCCUAUAGACAUUUUCUACAUCUUGCUGCCCUAAUUGAAUCACUUACCGCAACUAACAUGCAUUAUAUCAAUGUAAAGGACUGAAGAAAUUUCAAGAAUGGAUGAAAACAAAUUGUGAUAGCUGAAUAAAUUCAUCCAGCCUAAAGAUUUCUCAUUUAAUAUGUAGCAAUAAAACAUUUUAUUUUCAGGCGUGUGUCUGUUGUUUGCAGACUGCUCAUUGACAUUCUUUGAAUUGUGUUGCUUCAGCUUCAGUUCAGCCAUUCUAGCGAAUUAAUUUAUGUACAGCAAAGCUCGGUAUUGAAACAUAUUUAAAAUGAUGAAAUUACUUAAAGAUUGGUUGUUCUUGGUAUUUCACCAAGUCGAAUUAACCAAUAAAUGUCCAGAAUAAAUCAUUGUGGUUUUUGGCAUCCUUGGGAAAUGGGGAUACCUACAGCUUAUGUAUCAAUUCUACAUUUAAUACAUUUGUAUUGAAAUUUUGUAAAAAUAAACUCCCAGAAAUGACAUUUGAAUCACAUAAAGGGUUUUUUUGUCUUGUAGUGCUGAGCAGUAACAGUUCUGUGAUUAUUCAGCAUUUCCUGACUUCAGUGUUUUCAGCAGAGAAAAUAUUAGACAUUUAGUUUCCAAACAUGGGGUCUAGACACUUUUUUUUCCAAUGUGAACUAAUAUUUAACUAAUUACAAAGUGAAUGACCUUUUCUUUAUUUAAUUAUAUUUAAAAAAAGCUGACUUCAGCAUCUCUUCUGUGUUUUUUUUCUUCCCCAACUUAAAGCCACGGGUUCCACAAUAUACUUGAUUUAAUAAAAAGAUGAUGGUACUUUUCUCAUUGCACUGGUGGAGUUCUUGUCAUAGAUCAUAGUACCUGUACUAGAUGUUUAUGCUAAUACUUGUACUUAUGGCAGCACUGGGUAGGUUGGGUCGUGUUGUAUUGACUCUCUUAGAUUGGAUUUACUCAGGCUUACUGGUGAAGUUGUUUUGGUAUAUUUAAUCUAUGAAGUAUAAGUACAGCAGCAAGCUGGGUAAGUUGCAUAUUAAUGCUUGCAUUUGCUGUAAACACUGGACACUUUCAACAGUGGUGUAUUGUCUAAACUGAAUCUCCUCACAGUUCACUGUUUGUUUCCACCACAAUGAACCAGUAAGAUAUUUGCAAAAAAAAUAAGUUUUGCAGGCUGUUAAUUUAAAACCUCUUGUUAAAGUUGUUGCCACUUUGCUCUACCAUGUCAGGAAACAUUAAAAAAAUAUUGGGAAGAAAUUAUAAACAAGAAGAGGAGCACUCUCAUCGCAAAAAAAUAUAAAUUAUGACCCUGAAUGUCUUGAUGAUAUUAAGAUGUGCUCAUUUAAAAUGGAUCUAAAGAUGUCAAUGAUCUGUUUUUUUUUUUUUAUUAUUAUUAUUGUCUCAAGAGCGAACAUUUGAAACCACAGUUGACUUUUUCAGGUGAGAAAGGACCCCUGGGAGGAGAGAGAUUGAAAUUUGUUGCCAUUUUCUUGUUCAUGAUAAAUAUAAAUCUAAUAUUAAUUUUCUGUUGUACAGUCUGAUGCAUCUGUGUACAUAAGAUCUCUUUCUGUAACUAAAAUGAUUUGGAUACCUUUGUUGUCUUAAGUGUAUAUUUUAAUUAAAAAUAAAAACAAAUUCACAUGA